UGGCGUCACAUCAGCGGAAUAUUCCCUUGGCAUAAAUGUGUGAAGUCUGUGGCACUUAUGGAGAAGUAAACCUUCGCUCGAACACAAAAACAAAUGAACGAACAGCUUUUUUUUUUUUGAUAAGAUGUGCAAUCGGAGACCCCUGGGGUGGUUGAAGAGUGUCAGGUCCGUCGCCAGACCAGAUAGUAAAAGCUCAGGGGCUGAGGAUAGAAAAGGCAUAUCUCCAAAUUAUUAAGUAUAAAUGUUGUCAUGUAAUUGUUAAAGACUUGAUUACACCCAGGUUUAUAAACCCAUCAUGAUCAUGAAGACACUGAUCGGAAGGUAAUGUGCAAUACAUUUCAAUGGCGUUUUCAGUUUUUGCUAAAUAAUUAUAAAUAUAAGCAAAAUUUCAAUGUAUCUGGACAAAUCAAAAUAUUGAUAAUAUUAUUUUCAUCACAAAAAUAAUAUAUGAUAUGAUAACUAAAUUUGAAAAAAGCGGUUAUGUUAAAUGUAUUGUAUACUUUCAGUAGGCAAAAUUUCCGGCCCCUACCUCUUAUAGACUUUGAGAAAAACUGUCUUUUAAAAUAACAUUGAUAUAGAUAGGAGCGCAAAUUUGUGACACGGCCUCUUAAGAUAUGCGAAGUACACACAAAGAGAGCUCCGAUUUUUACAUAACGCUUUUGAGCAACCAAAGUAGGGAAGUGUAGUUGUUUGUUGAAGGGAAUUUUUGUUCUGUGCUGCUGUAGUUUGUGAAUUACGGGACCAAAACAAAAUUUAGGAAAGUACCGGAGUUAACGUUACGGUGUGUUUGUUGUGUUCUGACAUGUUUGCUAACAAUUAUACCGUGCCCGUGUUUUUCCAUUUUUAUUGAUAUUAUCGUUUCCUUAUUAAUUAUGGCAUUUCUUCGAGGAUCUGCGAAUUACGUGUGGUGUACAACAAGUGUGCUGGGCAAGGGUGCAACUGGUGCUGUGUACCAAGGGGUGAACAGAAAUAAUGGCGAGCCAGUCGCUGUUAAAACUUUCAAUCAGUUGAGCCACAUGAGGCCUCACGAUGUGCAGGUUAGGGAAUUCGAGGUGCUCAAGAAAGUCAAACACGAAAACAUAGUGAAGCUUCUCGCAAUUGAAGAGGAAGAGCAAGGUAGGGGAAAAGUAAUAGUGAUGGAGCUUUGCACGGGUGGAAGCCUUUUCAACAUCUUGGACGACCCGGAAAAUACUUACGGACUCCAGGAAGAGGAGUUUAUUUUAGUUCUGGAACACCUGACAGCAGGCAUGAAGCAUCUGCGUGACAACAACUUAGUGCACCGUGAUCUGAAGCCAGGGAACAUUAUGAAGUUUAUUGCAGAGGACGGCAGAACUGUAUACAAGUUAACCGACUUCGGAGCAGCCAGAGAACUGGAAGAAGACCAGCAGUUUAUGUCGUUGUACGGCACGGAGGAAUAUUUGCAUCCAGACAUGUACGAGCGAGCUGUCUUGCGUAAGCCCGUUGGGAAAACUUUCGGUGCAACAGUAGACUUGUGGUCAAUAGGGGUUACGCUUUAUCAUGUUGCCACUGGAAAUUUGCCCUUUAGGCCCUACGGCGGUCGGCGAAACAAGGAAACGAUGUACUACAUAACAACAAAAAAAGCAUCAGGGGUGAUCUCUGGAACACAGACCUCAGAAAGUGGGCCCAUUGACUGGGGUCGGGAACUACCCAAUACGUGCCAGUUGAGUGCUGGGCUUAAAAAACUUAUAAUACCUCUGCUAGCAGGGCUUCUGGAAGUAGAUUCUCAACGGAUUUGGACCUUUGAUAAGUUUUUUUCGGAAGUUACUGCAACAUUAUCAUGUAAGCUAAUUCAUAUUUUUCAUGUGAAUCAGGCACAGUCUAUCAGAAUUUACCUUCAUCCGGAUGAAGCUUACGAUCAGUUUCAGUUUCUUGUCUUGGAGCAGACUGAUGUCAAUCCUGCUAAUCAGAUUCUCGUGUAUCAGGACUCAGUUUUGCUUACAAUUGUCGAAGAAUCUACCACAGCACUAGGAUAUCCAACAACAACGGAUGAAAAUCCAAUUUUGUUGUACAGUAAGGAAAAUAAUAAUGUCGCAUUGUCUCCUGAAACGGAGCUGCCAAAGUUCCCAACAUUUCCCAAUCUGAUGUCGGUGGAGAACGACGCGAGCCUGGCGAAGACGGCGUGCAGCGCGGGCCACGAGUGCAAGCGGCGCGUGGAGAAGCUGUCGAGGUGCAGCCGCCUGAUGCACGCCUGCGUGCGACGGUUCACGGCGGUCGUGUGCCGAGACUUGAAGCGUGUGGCCGAGAAGAGCGACAAGCUCAAGGACGUCGCGAAGUACCUGAAGGAGCUGGCGGACAUGUCGGCCAGGAGCCAGCAGACCUGCGGCGAGCUGCUGAACGCGGUCGGGGAGUCCGGGAGCGUGCCGCGGGACGCGGGGCUGCAGGCGGAGAUCCUGGCCCUGGGCCAGGAGCUGAGCGGGGAGGUCGUGCCGGCGAUACGCCAGCUCCACCAGCGCUACGUGCUGGAGAAGGCCCUGCAGGGCGGCUGGUCCGGGACGACGCGGGGGAUCCCGUGCCCGGCGGAGUCCCGGGCGCCCGCGAGGGCCCGCACCCUGGUGGACCGGCUGCGGGACUCGUGGCAGCACCUGCUGAGGGACCGGGCGACGCGGAACCUCACCUACAACGACGAGCAGUUCCACGUGCUGGAGAGGAUCAAGAUGUCGGAGACGGGGCGGCGCACGCGCGCCCUGCUGGAGACGGACUGCCGGCCGGCGGUGACCCAGCUGGCAGACUGCCUCGCCGACUGGUACAAGAUGGCGCAGACGGUGUACCUGCAGACGGGCAUCCUGGAGAAGGACGUGGGCGCGCUGGAAGGCCGUGCGGAGACGCUCUGCUGGAAGCUGGUGGAGAGCGACCGCCACUGCCACGACGCCCUCCGGGGGCUGCUGCGGAGGGGCGGGGGGCGGGAGAGGGUGGGGCCGAGCCCCCAGGUGCGGGGCAGGGACGGAGACAAGAAGCUGCGCCACAGCAUACGCGAGAUCCAGGUGGUGCAGGAGGAGAUAGCCACCAUCCUGAGGGAGAACUCCGAGAUCGUGAACCAGUUCCACAGCACCACCAUGGCAGCGGUGAACGGCGACGGCGUCGACGGUGACGAGAAGUUGAAGUUGCUCAGCCUGUCCGACUGCCCGGGUAUCGUGUGAAAAAAAUUAUUGUUUCGACCGGGUAUUAUUACGUCUUUUGUUUCGAACUUAAUACGGAAUUCCUAUGGGGGGCUUCUAGGGCAUGCUUUGUUGUAUUGCACAGUUUGUCUCUGAUGCCUGGGUACCUUCGGGAGAAGUUUGCUGUUAAGAAUUAUUUUUUAUAAAAAAAUUGGUUACUUCCUUUAAAUAUUUACCAAUCAGAUCUUUUAAACCAGUAUGAAUUAUCAGAGGUUUUUCAACACAUAAUGAGGAUUCUGGUUUGAAUUUCAGAAAAAAACUAUUAAUUUUUGAAGGCUUCAAAAUGUAUCCUUAAUAGAUUUCACCAGGGAUAUUAGACUAAAACGUGACUGGCCACCUUUAAGUCUGCAAACUGUUGAGUAGAUACUUAUAUUGAUGUGAUAUAUAAUUUAUAGUGAUUGCAGGGUUUCUACAAGUAUAGAAAACCAUAAAAACUGAAAAAUUCAGGGAGAAGAAAAUUUUCGGGGUGCUCUAAAAAAAACCUUAGGGGUAUUGCAACAUAUUUUGAGAAUUUGGUCUUGCGAUAAGAAAUGUGAAAAAAUAUAUUUAUACAUAUAUGUGCUUAUGUCUAUGAGGCACCUAAUAAACUGGUUAAAACGUUAAUUAUCGUGAAAAUUGGUUUACUUUUCCUUCUUUACGUAAAAUUAUAUAGGUUUGACUUUUACGCAUGUUUAUCACUUAGCCUACAAAUACGCAAAUAGAUCUAAAAUAGCGUUAAUUGAGCAACCCAGGAAUUUAUUUUAAUGUGCCUGCAUUCUUGUCAGGAAGAUCAUGGAAACUUGACAAUUCAGAUUUAGAAAACCUGUAAAAGUCAGGAAUUCGAGGAUUCCAAGCUUGUAGCAACCCUGGAUUUGGUAUUAAUCGAUCAGACGCUACUCGGUUGUUGUAAAUGAAUUCAUAAAAGACUUGGAAGUAACCAGGGGUAAUUGUCACAAUUUGGUGAGCCAUUGCAAGUGAGUUUUAAGUGAUACAGUCACAGAUGGUUUUUAAGUUUGGCAUUCCUGGCCUGAAUGUUUUGCAGUUUAAGGUACUUUGGCACGGUGAUUAAUGCAAUUUAUCCAAGUCGUGUUUGAGCGAGGCAUUGUAUUAUGUUAAGGUUUUGGUGUGGAUUAUAUUCCGAUCAUUAAGCUUCAAGUCCUACAGCUGUGGUCACCAGUGCCAACAUUUGAAAAUUACUGAAGAGAUAACUUUUGCUUAGUGCUAGUGCUGCAUAGCUGAGUUAUAGCGAGUUUUCCCAACUACUGAAUUUUUUUUUAUGUGGGCAAGAUGUAUAAUUUUUACUCAGUCAUUCAAUAUUGAAUUUCUUGUUUGAAUAUGUUGCCACAUCAUCAGUCAGAAAGGUUAUUUUAUUUAACUUACAGCUGUAGAAUUAAAUAUCUGUGGUUGUGGUUAUAGGAUAAACCAUCCCCUUGUGGUUUUAGUAUUGUAACUUGUUGCUUAAUUUUGCACAAUAUGGCAUCACUUGAGGUAACUGUUUGCGUCCGGGGGUACAGGCCAGAUGAAACAUUGCGAAACGACAAAUGCUGUGAGCAUUCGUUCAAGACAGGAAUAGCGAUGGCAUUCCUAGACAAGACCGGAUCAAAUUCAGAUGACUUAGAAAGCUGGCUUAGUCUUUCGUUUCUGAUCACGAGUUAACUUUAAAAAAUAGAUCUUGCAGUGUUCAGCACCCAGCGGAACUCGCGUUGGUAUUACUUCCUUAACACACUUGGGGUGCCACGAGCCGUCACCCCAUGUAGGCGUGGGCGGUUCUGUUUCUCUGUGAUACUAGUCUUAGGUGAUUUGUGAUACUAGAACUAUCGUAGAAGCAUACUUGUGAGGUGUAGUUGCAUGUUUGGGACGUUUCCGUCUCGCUGUCCACACUAGCGAUGUCUUCUGGUUGCUGGCAUUUCACUGCGUGUGUCUUGUUACGGUGCAAAAACGCACUCGUUGAACACUUUUGAAGUGUAUAUAUUUUAAAACAUUAUGUGUGGUCCAUUGCAUGGUAUGGUGCGGGACAAACGUUUUGAAAUCUGGGCUCCGUAGUUCAGUGGUAACAUUGUUAGGAGCCAAAAAGUAUGCAAGGCCUCGGCAUAAACUGUUCUAAAAAUAUAAAUCGUAAUGACCCUGGUGCGUGUACCUAUGUAUCACUUGCUAAGCACUGCGUGGUUAACAUAUUUUGAAUGGGUAUACUACUUGAAGAAAAAUGCCACACCCGAGUGUAUUUGCAACCUCCUUGGCAUUUUUCCAUUGUUUUAUAAUUAUUUCCUUCUACUUUCACUGCUUGAUUCAUCCCCGCACUUACAGAUCGCAACACGUUUGGCCUGCACUAGAGUAGAUACCUCCAAAUGUAUUCAGGAAGCACUGGAAAUGUACCUGGCUCUUUGUAUAAUCUGUUCUGUUAUGUCUAGUGUGUAUUUUUACAGUGUAUGCUAGGAGGUCACAUUAUAAUUUGCCUUAUAGCAGCAUAUUUAUGUUCGUAAGAAACUAGCUUCUUGGCAUACGUACAAGCCAACCAGCCAGUAUUAAUGUUAAAGUUGUGUUUUGCCAGAGAAUAAACUAAACAUAUGCUGUGGAUGUUUACUAUAAAGUAUGUUCGCAGUUUGUGAUUGUUCUCCACACUCAUUUUCUACUACACUCUGCAAAGAUUUCUCAGUGUGUCGGAGGUAUUUCCGCCAAAGGAUAUUGUAUUUAUGAGGUUAAAAGUGUAACAGAUUUUUAUAUAACUUUAUUUAAACUACUAAAACUUUUUUUUAUUUUACAAAUUUUUUUAUAAAUAUAGUAAAACCAGUAAUAAUAAUUCAUGAGAUACAAAAAAAUUUUUGCAUAGUAAAUUUUAAAAACUAAACAAUAUGUACAUGGCAUACUGGGAUUUGAAGAAGCGUUAUUUUCGAAAGGUAAUGCCCAAAUGACCUUUGCCAUGGGUAAUUGUGUUAAAGAACUGACAAAUGUUACAGCAGUACUUACUGGGAUCCUGCAUCUCUAGUUCAUUCUUGGCCAGAUUAAUGUGUUUCUUAUUUGAAAAAAUAAAAAAUUCAUGGCCUUGCAAUUUCUACUUGCAUUUUACCAUGCAUGAUUUCCUCAGCCGUUUUAAGAAAUCUGUGUUAUUAUUGUGCAUGUUGUAGCAUUUUGCUGUAGAAUUGAUUCAUGGUUUAUUCAUCCAAACUUUUAACUUAUGUACUAUCUGAGCGAGGUGUGGUUGUAAAUGGCAGAAAAAAUCUACACUGCCCUGUUGAAGUUUGGCUGAGCUCGGAGAAGAAUAAAACUUACUUUUUAAAUUAUUUAUUCAUUAAACAAAUACACCCUGAAAUACUAAUGCAAUGUAUAUUCUGAUAAGUUCUUAAAUUGAGAACUACCUUCAUGUCUGGUGUGUAAUAUCUUACUUUUUUUUUAUUUUAAAUUUGAGAGUAGAUUGUGGUGGUCCUACAGUAGUUUGUGUAUGAAAUUUUUUUUUUAGAUGCUCUUGAGAUAUUAUUAUUAAACAGUAUAUCUUAGCAUAUGUAUUAUUUUCAAAAAGUAGGUAAAUUUUAUUUAGCAUAUAUGUAUUUUCAAAAUGUUGGUAAUUUUUAUAAGUAUUAAUUAGUAUAGGUAUUUUAUCUUGAGCAAGCAAAUAUUUUUGUUGUACUUUUAUACACAUCUAGAAAUGCACCAGUAUCCAGGAACAUGUUUGUACCUACUCUGUUGGGUAGUAUCCACGAGAACUUUAGAUCCGCUGUGAGGUAUCUUACAUUAUAUGCAUGUAUGUUAACUUAGAUGAGGAUUGAACUUCUCUUUUACUCUACUUAUCACACUAUCUUGUGGCGUACAAGUCAAGUUCAGUUUUGCUUUUAAGCAUUGAAAGCAUUAUUGCAUUUGUUAAAGCACAGAUAAUUUUUUUAUUGUGUGUCUCAUUAAGACUUGAGGACUAAUUUACAAAAAUUAAAUUUAUUUGUGUUGCUCGAAGCUUGGUAGUCUUUCCCAAGUGUUCUUGAAAUAUUAUUUUUUAAAAACUCUAAGAGUAUGUACGUUCAUAUAUUAAAUGUUUGGAGAGUAUUAUUCCAAAGAAGAAAACCGCUUACAGAUUUGUUGUUAUAUUCAAUGAUGUGUAUUGUUAUAGUACCAAUUUUAUUCAUAAUAUUAUUCCUCCAUUUCAGAGUUUUGUAGGACCAUGCCAAAAUUAGAAUACAAAAUUUGAGUUUUCUUAGACCAGUAUUAAGACGUUAGAAACUGACCAAAUAUGUAGAGUUAGCUGGGGAGAUUUAUUUUCAAGCUACAGAAUAUAUGUUAAUGUUACAAAUAUUACUUCUUUGUAUGUUCCUACUUUAAAAAGUUUUUGUUCUGUUUUAUUAUAUAGUGAUAUAAAAUUGUUUCCGUACUUUAUCUUUAAGUAAAUAUAUUACAGAAUUUUUUUGUAUGAGCAGGGUUCUACUGUACCCCAUGUGUUUGGGAAGUUUCCAAAGUUUUAAAUUUUGGUAACAGCUGUGUACAAUUUGAAAAUGACAAGUGUUUUGUAAUCCAAUUUUAUACACUUUUUCAGCAAAUAAACAUUCUUUACACAA